AGAUGCCUUGGUGGAGGAGCUUGAGGUUUUGAUCUGACGCGAGAGCAUAUUUAGCAGAAGUUUCAAAAGGAGUGAGAAAGGGACAGAUCCCAGAUCCUCCUAGCACGCAACAGCUUAGAAGUACCACACGAUUUAGCGUGAGACACGAUUUACGUGAGCAUUCAUGUCAGUCGAAAAAAGCUAUUCUAGAUGCUUUGUGCCGGAGAAUCUGACAUGUGCCUCAAUGCGACUUACCGAAGAACUUAAAGUCUUGACAGAUGAGCUACUCGCCUUUGUAGAUGUGCUGCUCGCCUUCGUGGACGUGCUGCUUGCCUUCGUGGACGUGCUGCUUGCCUUCGCGGACGUGCUGCUUGCCUUCGUGGAUGAGCUGCUCGCCUUUGUGGAUGAGCUGCUCGCUUUUGUGGACGUGCUGCUCGCCUUCGUGGACGUGCUGCUUGCCUUUGUGGACGUGCUGCUCGCUUUUGUGGACGUGCUGCUCGCUUUUGUGGACGUGCUGCUCGCCUUUGUGGAUGAGCUGCUCGCCUUCGUGGAUGAGCUGCUCGCCUUCGUGGAUGAGCUGCUUGCCUUUGUGGACGUGCUGCUUGCCUUUGUGGACGAGCUGCUGGCCUUUGUGGAGGAGCUGCUGGCCUUGGUUGACAGAGUGCUGGUCUUGGUCGAGGUGGCCAGAGUGCUGGUCUUAAUGGACGAAGUGCUUGCUUUCGCGCUGCUCGUCGUGGAGGUCUUUGUGGUUGAAGCGGAUCCGCAAGUUCCGAAUGCGGGCAGGCAGCCUGUUCCGCAGUAG